CUGAGUCCGCCCGCGCGUUACUGCCAUCGCCGCCGCCCCCUGUCCCGGCCCCCCCUCCCCGGGUUCCCUCAGACUAGCUCGGUCCACCCCGGUUCCCGGGAGGAUGAAGUUCGUGUACAAAGAGGAGCAUCCGUUCGAGAAGCGCCGCUCUGAGGGCGAGAAGAUCCGAAAAAAAUACCCGGACCGGGUUCCGGUAAUAGUAGAAAAGGCUCCCAAAGCUCGGAUAGGGGACCUGGACAAAAAGAAAUACCUGGUGCCUUCUGAUCUCACAGUUGGUCAGUUCUACUUCUUAAUCCGGAAGCGGAUUCAUCUUCGAGCUGAGGACGCCUUGUUUUUCUUUGUCAACAAUGUCAUUCCACCCACCAGUGCCACAAUGGGUCAGCUAUACCAGGAACACCACGAAGAAGACUUCUUUCUAUACAUUGCAUACAGUGACGAAAGUGUCUACGGUCUGUGAGGCUGCUACCCCUGAGGUGGGGGGUUCCAUUCUAUGAAGAGAAAGGUGGCAUCCCUUCCCUGAUCUACAUUUCCUUCAGGCUCAAACACAACCUCCCUUCUUCAGGACCUGCACUUCUUAAAAUAUUAAGGCUUUCUAUCCAGCCCCUCUUAGCAGGAGGGGUAAUAGUGGACAUGGCCUUUUGUACCUCUCCUUCCUCCUUUCUUCCCCUUUCUUUAUCAUCCUUUCCCACUGUACUUUUAGACUUCUUGUCAAUCUCUGUCACACCGAGUGAUUGUUUUGGUUUCGGUUCCCUUUCUAACUCUCCAGGGAGUUCAGAACCCCAACAAUCCCUUUCACAACCUUCUUUUUUUGGGUAAUGGGAGGGAUUGAAAUUGUGGGGGAGGGAGUAGGAGACACAUCAAUAAAGAAGAAACCAAUUGAACUGAA